AUGGGCCAUGCCAGCACAGGCUUUGACAGGAGGAAGAAUCCAACUUUAGAACAAGGUGACAACAUGGAAGCCGAGAAGGGAUGUGCACGUCGUUACCUCUUUUCCAAAAAUGCAGCCUUCGGAGCAGAUGGUCCGGAGCUGGUUCUUCCUAAAAAGCUUCCUCUGGUUCACAAGCGGGAUGUCGAAGACACCCAUGACUCGGACAUACCGGAAACAUAUGAAGAAGAAGUGCUGUAUGAAUUAAGACUAAGUAGGAAAACUUUAAUCCUUCGCCUUCUGAAAUCAAGAGAGUUCCUAGGUUCAAAUUACAGUGAAACAUUCUACACCACACAAGGAGAAAUGUUCAUCAGGAAUCCUCCCAUUAAGGAUCACUGUUUUUAUCAAGGAUCCAUUAUGCAUGAACUUGAUUCUUCUGUUAGCAUCAGCACAUGUAAUGGUCUGAGGGGAUUCUUCAGAGUAAAUGAUCAAAGGUAUCUUAUUGAACCAGUGAAAUUCUCACCGGGAGAGCAUCUGGUAUUCAAAUAUAACCCAAGGGUGCAGUACAGUGUCAAUUAUUCUUGCGCAGAACUCAACUUAACCAUGAAGCCUGUUCCAGAUGAUACUCAAUAUAAAGAAAACCACAAAGUGGAAGGAAAUUAUAAGGAAAAAUAUAUUGAACUGUUCAUUGUUGCUGAUGAGUAUGUGUAUCGCAGGAAUAAUAAUCCUCAGUCUAAUCUAAGGAGAAGAAUUUGGGGAAUGGUCAAUUUUAUCAAUAUGAUUUAUAGUACCUUGAACAUUCGUGUAACAUUGGUUGGAAUUGAAGUAUGGACAAACGGAGACAAAAUAGCACAAGUUUCAAACACAGAGACUACCUUACUGCAUUUUUCAAAUUGGCAAGAGACAGUCCUUAAAAAAAGGAAGAAUUAUGAUCAUGCUGUGUUACUGAGUGGGAAGUGGCUCUAUACCCACACACAAGGAGCAUCUUAUCCAGGGGGGAUGUGCCUGCCUAUUUAUUCCGCCAGUGUUGUUAAGGAUCUUUUGCCCGACAUAAACAUAAUUGCAAACAGAAUGGCACAUCACUUGGGACACAACCUGGGGAUGCGUCACGAUGAGUUCCCAUGCACUUGUCCUUUGGGAAAAUGCGUGAUGGAUAGUGCUGGAAGCAUUCCUGCAAUAAAAUUCAGUAAAUGCAGCCACACCCAGUACCAGCAGUACCUGAGGGAUUAUAAACCAGCCUGCCUGCUCAAUAUUCCAUUUCCUGACAAUAUUAAAGACUUCUCCUUUUGUGGGAACAAGAAAAUAGAUGAAGGAGAAGAAUGUGACUGUGGCCCCAUUCAGGAGUGCACCAAUCUUUGCUGUGAUGCACACACAUGUAUGCUGAAGCCAGGAUCUACUUGUGCACAAGGAGAAUGCUGUGAAUCUUGUCAGAUAAAGAAAGCAGGGUCCAUAUGCAGGCCAGGAAAUGAUGAAUGUGAUUUUCCCGAAGUCUGCACUGGCCACUCCUCUGAGUGUCCUAAGGAUAGGUUCCGAGUCAAUGGAUUUCCUUGCAAUAAUGGAGAAGGCUACUGCUUCAUGGGGAAAUGUCCCACACGGCAGGAUCAGUGUACUGAGUUGUUUGAUGAUGACGCAAAAGAGAGCCCUCCUGUCUGCUACAUGCUGAAUAAAAAAGGAAACAAUUUUGGUUACUGCAAAAACAAGGAAAACAGAUUCGUUCCCUGUGAAGAGAAAGAUGUGAAGUGUGGCAAGAUUUACUGUUCCGGAGGACACCACUCACCUCUCCCCAGAGAAAUCAAAACCUUUUUUCUUAAGGAUCGAAAGCAGAAUGUCGUCAUCGAAUGCAAAACCAUCUUUUUAUAUCACAAUUCUAAAGAUAUUGGUCUGGUUGAUUCUGGAACAAAAUGUGGAGAGGAGAUGGUGUGCAUGGAUGGCGAAUGUGUAAACAUUGAACAGAUCUACAAUUCAAGCAGCUGUCCUUCGCAGUGCAGUGAAAACUCUGAGGAUGGUCAUGAAUCUGAGUGUCAGUGUGAAGAAGGACAUAUACUUACAGACUGGGAGGAGACCAUCAAUGUUACCAGUAUCUGCAUCAUGGUCCUUGUGCUUCUCAUGAUUGUUGUUGGUAUUGGAGUCAUUGUGUUAUUAAUUCGUUACCAAAGAUGUGUGAAGUUGAAGCAACAUCAGAGCCCACCUGGUGACAUGCAUGGAGUGGAGAAUAAAGGAUACUUGGGGGAUGAGCAGCCAAGGAGAUUUGAGCCAAUUUUGCCCGAGAUUCCUCCCCUACAAAAUACUGAAGAAUCCUUGGAGAGCCUUCCGCCCAGCUAUUCAAGUCCCCACUAUAUCAGUCUGAAAUCUGCAAGUAAAGAUCCAAGAGGAAUUAUGGAUUCCAAACCAAAUGCCAAUGUGAACUUGAAAGUGGAUACCCAGAAUGGUUCUGCAAGCCUGGGUUGAGAACCUGGAUGUGAGAUCUUCAGUCUUCACUAGAAAUUUCCUACAUAGAUUUCAGUAAUUUCGCAAAUGAUCUUUAUGAAGUCAAGAAAUGUUUAAGAGAAACAAUUUUUUUCUGCUAAUAUUACUUAUAGAAUUCACAACCUAUGUCAUAGACAUAUGCUACAGAAAAACAAAUGUCUUGUGGCUUUUCAAACACUUUAAUAUAAAUAUAAGCAAUCUUUUUGCUCUAGUGUUCUGCUGCAAAAUACUAAACUAGUUAAUUUUAAAAAAUCAAAACUUGGAAGAUAACUUAAAACCGGGAGUUUCGGAAGCAAAAUAUCAUUUGUAAAUGGUUACUUCUUUGGGGGCAUGAAGUACUCGCUUUAAUUUGAAUGUGACAUUAUCACGAAAUCUAGUUUCAAUGCAACUGUUUCUUGCACAAAUGCCAAGGAGGGAAGUGCCAGGGUGAGGGACAUAGUUUUCAGGAGUUAAUAAGCAGUGAGAGAGGCGGAGCAGUAGUUGAGGUGACUACAAAAUAGACCUUGAAAUCACCCCCACUAGCAACAGGACACAAAAGCUCCUGGCUGCUCUGAAUUCUUAGCUUUGUCUUUCUAGAAUUCCUUAAGAAGCUCAGGGUGAAGCUGGAGGGGUGAAUAGUUUAGAAGCUGGGAGCAAAAGCUUGUAAUCUCCAUGCAGGGCUUCAGAGGUCUUCAGGGUACAAGGCCUACAUACUUCCUGUGUAGUUCCUGAGCGCUGUUACUUGGGGAUGACGCUUGGGGCUGUCUUGGGAAUGACUUGUCUCCUUCUGUCCCUGCCUCUCUGUAGGUUCUCCUGCGUUUUCUUUUCUCUU